AUGAAAGUUUCAUCAAACCAACAAGCACGCAUAAAAUCAAUUAUCCUCAUUUUUAUUAUCGUCGUCUUGACCACGGCAGUGGCUGCACGUCCUCCAAGUAAUCCACCCCCGAGCCAUGCCACCGUAGCGUAUGGAGGAGGUUGUACCGGAACGUUUGGCGAUAUUCAAAAAUCGAGCAGUUAUACGGACCGUGUGGAAGCGUACUUGACAAUAGUAUGCGAUGCCGCAACCGUCGUUACCGUACAACAAUAUUAUAUGGUAACGGUAUUCUACGGGUACAUCAACACAAUGACUGACGUAACAGUGAUGAGCCCAAGCCCUCUCACGUUUACUGUUUCUCCCGGUACUUCGGCGACUUUCAUCGUGGCUGGAGAGGGAUGUUUUGCUCAAGUAUAUUAUGAGGCCUAUGUAAAGACGGGGUGGGGUCAUUCAGUGCGUCAAAUCGAUCCUCCCAUUAUCGAAUGCUUAAAUUAUUCUCAUCAAUUCCUACAAUUCUUAUCACUAUUUAGAAUGGCGUAUGGUGUACUUGGCAUUUUCAACAUGUAUAAAUUCGCCACUUCAGUCUGUUAUAUUCUCGUUCAUGCAUACUGCCAAUCAUCUUCGGGUGAUCGAUAUUGCCAAUCAUUGGCUAAUAAUGUCAAUCUUCGCCAUCUCGCUUCUAACUCUUGCAACUUUUUUUCCCCCGCAACAUCCACUUUUAUGGCUGACGUUGAGAAGAUAAAAAGUUUCGUGAAAGCCAUACCAGACUUUCCCAAAGAGGGAAUUAUAUUUCGUGAUAUAUUUCCAAUAUUCCGUGACCCAAGUGCUGUAGAGGCGUUACUUACACAUAUUGCUCAUCAUGUUCAAUCGACAACGAAUGAAAAAAUCGAUGUUGUUCUAGGCCUUGAUGCCCGCGGCUUCCUUUUCGGUCCAUUGCUCGCUUUACGUCUACACUCCUCGUUCGCUCCAAUCCGUAAGAAGGGUAAACUGCCCGGUUCGACAAUCUCUGCGUCAUACACUAAAGAAUACGGUGUCGAUGAAUUUGAGCUUCAGGCCGAUGCGAUUCAAAAGGGACAGAAUGUAAUAAUUGUAGAUGAUCUGAUAGCAACGGGUGGGAGUGCAUAUGCUGCAAAGGAACUUGUGGAGAAGGCAGGCGGGCGGGUGAUCGAGUUUGUGUUUGUGAUUGAAUUGAUCGACUUGAAGGGAAGGGACAAAUUGGGUGGAAACGUGUACUCGGUUGUGCAAUAUUAA